AUGGUUGAAGAAAUUCAAAAGAAAUUACAAAAUGAAUUAGAUAAUUUUAAAACAAUACAAAAAGAAUAUCAUAAAACAUUAAAUUUACGUCAACAAUUAGAUGGACAAUUAAAUGAAAAUAAAGCUGUUAAGAAUGAAUUAGAAUUAUUAAAAAGUGAUUCAGAAGUUUAUAAAUUAAUUGGUCCUGUAUUAGUUAAAAUGGAUUUAAUUGAAUCUAAACAGAAUGUUACAAAACGAAUGGAAUACAUUUCAAAAGAGUUAAAACGUACAGAAGAUAUCAUCGAAUCAUUAGAUAAGAAACAAGAUCAACAUCGUGAAACUUUACAAAAGUUACAACAACAAUUUCAACAAGCACAAUUAAAAGCUGCAUUAAAAGCAUAAUAAAUAACAAGAACUAACUAACGCUUAUGAAUAAUGAAUCAAAUAACUUAUCAAAUUAAAAUUGU